AUGGCCCUGUGGUGGUGGCAUCGCUGCUGCUGCUCGUGCUUCGCUUCCUCCCGGUCGGCUGGGCUUUCCGGCCCUUUGCGGAGCUUGAGUUCGGCUAGUAGCGGCGCCAGCGGGAGGCCGCCGGCUGAGAGUCUGGCAGCGCCCGUGUGGAAGGCGGCGACAUCUGGUUUUCUAAGGGGAAGUUCAUCUUUAUUCUUUCCAAAAAUGCAUAGUAUAUUUUUGCGGUUUCACCACACAACGGUCCAAACGCACAGCUGUGGUAAAGUUGUUAGUGAUGAAAAACAUAAAGAUCCUUUUAAACUUGGAAGGAAAGACUUGAAAAAUUUGUAUGAAGAUAUUAAAAAGGAAUUAUGGGUAUCUACUGCAGAACUUAAAGAAAUGUGUGAAUAUUACUUUGAUGGCAAAGGAAAGGCCUUCCGACCAAUGAUUGUGGUACUAAUGGCCAGAGCGUGCAAUUUUCAUCAUAACAGUUCUGGCGAGGUGCAGGCAAGUCAACGCUCUAUAGCUGCAGUUGCAGAAAUGAUCCAUACAGCAACUCUGGUUCAUGAUGAUGUAAUUGAUGAUGCAAAUUCACGAAGAGGAAAAAUGACAGUUAAUCAAAUCUGGGGAGAAAGGAAGGCAGUCCUAGCCGGUGAUUUCAUCCUUUCUGCAGCUUCUCUAGUUUUAGCACGCAUUGGAAACACAACCAUUAUUUCUGUGUUAACGCAAGUGAUUGAGGAUCUGGUGCGUGGUGAAUUUCUUCAGCUGGGUUCCAAAGAAAAUGAAAACGAGAGAUUUGCUCAUUACCUCGAGAAAACAUUUAAGAAGACUGCAAGUCUUAUAGCAAACAGCUGUAAAGCAGUUUCCAUUCUAAGCUGCCCUGAUCCAAAUGUUCAUGAGAUUGCAUACCAAUAUGGAAAAAACAUUGGGAUAGCGUUUCAGUUGAUAGAUGACGUGCUGGAUUUUACCUCCUGUUCUAAGCAGCUAGGGAAACCUACAUCAGCAGACCUUAAGCUUGGAAUAGCUACUGGUCCUGUCUUAUUUGCUUGUCAGCAGUUUCCAGAAAUUAAUGCCAUGAUAAUGAGGCGAUUCAGUUUGCCAGGAGAUGUACAACGUACUCAGGAGUAUGUAUUAAAGAGUGGUGGUAUACAGCAGACAACCUACCUCGCCCAGCGCUACUGCCAUGAAGCAAUGAGAGAGAUCAGCAAGCUCAGGGCGUCCCCUGAAAGAGAUGCACUUGUUCAGCUGGCAGAAAUUGUACUUUCCCGAGACAAGUGAUUCGCCUCCUUCCGCUCAUUCAUUCUGGCAGCUAAUUUAUCAGACUGUGCCUAAAACUAUGUUUCAGAACAUCUUGGCUCGCUUCCAGUGCAGUUACCAAUUUUUUUAAAAAAGUUAUCCUCACUGAAAUAAAUAUAACUAGGUUUAUGAAGUAAAAAUGUUUUAUUGAAGGAAGCCAUACAAAAUGAUGACACAAGAUCAGUCUGUUAAGCUGGCAGCAAUGCCUUGUGCCCGUGGUUUUAAUGAGGAGGGUUCUUGUUUCGUGUGGGUAUUGUUUACAUUGUUCAAUAUUGACACCGAAGGCCACAAAGAAUAAAUACAAUCAAUGUGUUGAAAAAUCACUUCUGCAAUCCCUGGUGUGUGCUGGGACUAUAACAAAUACCUUGAAUGAUCUAAUUGCCUGUUAGAAUUUCAGAGUACCCAGAAAAUUAAAGGAGAAUGGUUUAUUAUAAAA